AUGAGACCAAUUCCUGUGCUUCGCGGCGUGCGCUACAUCUCUAUCUCCCAGCUGCCGUCGGUGACGAUUCCCAGCACCGUGGAUCUUGCGGACGCUGUACAGAACGUCCAGGAGAUCCAACCAUCUCUGGCUGACGGCGAAGAGCCGCAGUUCCAGACGUUGGGUGCGCCACCGGUGCUCUUGUCGCUCAAUUUGCCGCCAAAGGCGCCGGUAUUCAUCAAGAAAGGCAGUUUGCUCCUGGUGUACGGAUUGCAUAACCAGCGGGGCACCAACACUACUACCCCGCUUUCGCUUGCAGGCAUCACGAAGCAGUUGGAGAUCAUUUCGCCAGUCAAAAGAACGAUUUUGGGUGGAUUUUCCUUCACGUACGAAAAGCUCUCUUCGUCGGAGCCGUUUUCGCUCAUCGUCUCCGCCAACAACAAGUCUAUGCUCAACCCUUUCCACAAGAGCAACGGCAACAAGACUUUUGCCACGUUGACGUUGGACGGGCGCAUCGACUGGGCGGUGUUUCCUAACGAUGCGGUCCAGCUCUACAGCGGUGAAAGCUUGCUGAUUUCCAACAACGUGGUCCCCAAAGCCGCCUCUACCACAUUGCUCCAGAAGCUCUCCACCAGGGAGCCAACCGCGACCGGCUUGUUCAGUUGGUUCAAGGCGGGGUACACCUUGUUAUCCGGCCGAGGCUACGUGGGACUUGUGGGCAAUGGGCAGAUUUAUCGUAUCCAGUUGCGCGCCAGUGAGGAGAUCAUGGUUGCCAAAAAGAGCUUGCUCGCCGUCAGUAUCAGCGGCCACAAUGAUUUGGCGAAUUGCGUCAUCCAACAGAGCUUGUCCAACUACACCAGUGAGAAGCUUGCAGAGAUUGAAAAGAAGCAGGCAUUGGCUGCGGAAGAGGCGACGAUUAUGGUUUCUGCUGACGAGGCAAUGCCUCCAUCGGCGGUUUCCAAGGUUUCCGGUGUCGUCAAGCGCGGCCUCGCGGGCCUCAAGCAGUUUGUAUCAUUUUCCCGCACCGAGACCGCUAAUUUCAUUUCCGGUAGCAGCGACUACGUGAAGAUUGUCGGCCCGAGAACCAUCUUGUUCCAGACCUCUCAGCAUAAGGACGGGUCUUUUUCCAGCCGCAGCUUCCACAAUAAGGUCUCCGUCACCGAACAGGUGAUGGCCAGUCAGAGCCUCAAGCUCACACAGCAGGCGUCCAAGCCGCAGCCUGUGACCCAGGACUUCUUGAGCUACGCCACCGUCCGAGACGGCAAAGUCGAGUUCCAGAGCACCAAGGACUUUAGCAAGACCGUCCAAGAGAUCGAGGCCAGAGCCAAGGCCUGA